GCUCUAUCUGUCAAAUGAUCGUUUAUGCUUUACAUAUAAGUCAUAAACGAUACUUGUAUAUAAAUCGGUAAACCGACUUUCUUACGCACGCAUCGAAUCGUUCGCUUGCUCGACGCAGGUCGCGUCCGAAAUAUCAUUAUAGUUGCAAGCGAAACAGCGAUCAUCGUGCAUCACCAUGAAGUACACCUGCGCAUUUCCGCUUGUUGUACUUUUGCUGCUGUCGAGCUUGGUCGAGUCGCGCGAUAUAAGCGCCGAUCGGCCGGGGCUGCAGCAACGCCGCGAGCCGCCUCAUCACGGUAAAAGUGCUCUCAUGGCUCGUUACAUCGUCAACGAGGCGAACUGGACCUCGGUGGCGACGAUCAGCACCGACCCGAGGCUGACGAGCUAUCCCUACGUCAACAUCGUGUCGAGCAGCGAUGGGCCACUGGGCAACGGCAGCGGAGUGCCCUACUUGUUUCUCACGCCUCUGGACAGCACCAGUAAAGAUCUCAGCAAAGAUAAUCGUGCAACCCUGAUGAUGUCACUCGUGCAGGGUGACUGGUGUAAGGUCAAAGGCUACGACCCCAUGGACCCGAGAUGCGCUCGAGUUAUCAUCAGCGGUAGAAUAAAAUCGGUAGAAGAAAAGGACGUAGACCACGAAUCGGCCAAGAGUGCAAUUUUCGGACGUCAUCAGUGGCUCUCCCACAUGCCGGCUAAUCAUCAUUUUUACUUCGCUCGUAUGGAAAUCGAGACGAUCGACGUGCUGGCGUUUUUCGGCGGCGCGGCGCGCGUCACCCCCGAAGAUUAUUACCGAGCCAGCGAGGAGUCCCUUCGCGCCUACCGAUCGCUUUACCGAUGACGAUGAUGCGACGCUACAUAAACUUCUAUUUUUUAAUAUGUGAUGUGUGUACACA